AUGACAUGGAAAUUUCCCCCUCUCUCCCUCGUAUGCCUGAACAUAGCACUACGGGUGGGUGCACAGCGCUUCGAUGGUCAAUAUUGGCCAUGUAACCCGAUGAAAAACUACUGGAGCACCUCCAACUACGCGAACAUCAACUACAACAAGCUCGCAAAGAAUGGUGCCGAAUUCACUGUUGCGAAGCGACACGACGCCCCGCAACUCUUUUCCGACUUCUAUAUCUUCUUUGGUCGCGUAGAUGUUGUGAUGCAGGUUGCUCCCGGAACUGGCAUCAUCUCGUCCAGUGUCCUGAUGUCGGAUGACUUCGACGAGAUAGACUGGGAGAUGUCUGGCAACAAGUUCAACCUCACCGCGCAAUAUCCCUCCGGCGUGGUCCAGAAUAACUACUUCUCCAAAGGGAUCACCGGCCUCUAUGAUCGCGGCAUGUGGGUGCCAUGUAGCCAACCUCAGACAACUUUCCACACCUACUCUGUCGAUUGGACUCCCACGAAGCUGGACUGGCUCCUUGAUGGCAAGGUAAUAAGGACGUUCCUAGCCGCCAACGCUGACAGCACUACACACCAAUUUCCACAAACACCGUCUAAGAUCCAGAUGGGUAUGUGGGAUGGUGGAGAUCCGGAGGAGAACUCGGGCACCAUGAGCUGGGCAGGCGGUAUGACCGACCUGACCAAAGCUCCGUUCACGAUGUUCGUCAAGAGCGUCCGUAUCACCAACUACAACCCGGCCAAAUACUACAACUGGACAGACCAGUCAGGUAGCUGGAAGAGCAUCAAAGCCUUGAAUAUCUCGCUACCGAGCUCGACUACUACCGCUGAGAAGAGCACCACAACCGCCAUCCAACCGCUCAGGACCGACCUGCCCGUCUCACCAAAUGGACAUUGUGGGAUUUCUGUAAACACCGUCUGCAAGGGCAGCUUAUUCGGUGAUUGCUGCUCAGCCUUUGGAUACUAUGGAAACACCACCGAGAGUAUCCUCAGCCGUCGUGCUAUCUACGAGUCGGUCAUCGGUGGCGUCUGUGCCGUCAUCAGUGUCCAGCUCAGCGGCGCAGGUGUCGACCGUGAAAUCCAUGUCCGCGCAGCCUUCCACGACACGGACAUUGGUCUCGUCGGUGGCACCACCACUGUCCAGCUCAGCGGCGCAUUCUUUGACCUCAACAUCUAUGUCUAUCAAGCCAUCCACGACCCUGGAGACGACGAAGAGCUCUGCGUCGCAUUGCCAAACUACCAGUCCUACAUACAAGCAGCCCCAACAGCCACCCCGUCUCCAGGCCCCGGCGAUGCCUAUCUCCUCUCAUCCGCGAACGCAGGCCAGUUCAACGUAAUCGAGGGCCAGCUCGUCUACGACAACGGCAACGACGAUCCUCUGUACAUGGGCGUCGAAGACCCCGCCAACAAGACGCAGCGCACGCUCGAGACGUGGUUCGAUGCGGCCGAAAACACUUACGGCACGUUCGCGUUCCAGGGCGAUACGCUGACCUGGGAGGUGGAUGAUAUUGCGAGACCGAACACGGCGGCGUGGCUUGUCUGCGGUGGUGAGGGGAGGCUCUACGUCAACACGGGUGCUUACGCUUAUGAACGCCCGACGGCUGCGCGGAUCAGACGGUGA